CUAGAUACGGUGGUUAUCAGUCUUCGGCGCACCCUAUGAGGGAUUUAAACAUGCAUGCGGUCUUCUCGUUGACCUGCAAGCACAAGAUAACAAUUUGCAACGCGAAUCCCAGCCUUUCCAUAGUGUAAAGGAGUUGCACCAAUGUUUGACGUCCAGGGUCCGCGCUUCCUGUCAGAGCUGCGGGUCAAGAACCGGUUUCUCAGGCGGAACUUCAGGCCGCUGCUCGAUGGCUUCUUCGGUGGGGGCACGCCCAAGCGGAGCGCAGUGGUUAUUGUCAGCCAUAGUGGCACCAUCGCUAACAUGCUUUACAGCCACACGGGAAAGGACGAGGAGCAAGUGCUGAAGCCACGAAACGCGUCGGUAAUUGCCAUCGACGCCAGCGGUUGUUUGGACCUCCGGCAUGAAGGCACGCUGCCCGAGUGCAAGUCGGACGAGUGGCACGAGUAUUUCACCGUGCCCCAGUUCCAAGAGUUUGCCAGCGACAUCCAGUUCGAGUACACGCCGCCGGAGUCGUGUCUGCUGCUGCUUGUACGCCACGGUAUUGCUGUGAACAACGUAAACAAGGCCUACGCAGACGGCAACCUAACGCAAGAAGGAGAGGCUUCCAUCGUCAAGGCUGCGCUCCGCAUAUCGCAGCUGCUGCAACAGUACGACAUCAAGACCGUCAGCAUCUUCUCGUCGGCCUUGAUGCGCACGCGCCACUCCAGCACGCUUCUGUACGACACACUGGGCUUCCGGCAGCUUUCUCCCAUGUGCUCACUGCCAUGCCCCGUUAGCAGCUGCGCCUCGGAAGGCGAGGGGGAGGGGCCCUGGCUGCAGGGCGCCAUUUCGGUGGGUGUCUCGACAGUUUGCUCAGUAAGGAACUGCAACAGCAGCUUCCCCAAGUACGCAGUGGCUUGCUAUGGCUCCUGUCUUUAAUAGGGUUUUCAAUAGGGUUAGGACGCUCAAGGUAGGGGCAUUGCAUGCAUGGAAUGCACAUUUGCAUAGACAAGAAUCCUGCUACCGCUUAUUAUUCGCUUCUUGUCCCCCGGGGAAACGUGUGAUCCAGAGGCAUGCUAUUGUACGGCUUAUUUCGACAUGAACACAGACAGGUAUCUUUUUGUAGGCAACGGCCUUGCAAAGGCUGCAUUGGAUUCUUAGGUUAGAUGUGCAGUAUGGAAGGCGUAUUGCUUUGUUUGGUUGACCAGUGAUCUCGAAAUUUAUUGUAUUGACGUUUCCUGCUCUGUACAUUCCGUACAUGCCUGGCUGAGCCAUCAUCAAGGCCUUGAUGGUGGCUCAGCCAAAGCCCCUGACCCAGGGGAGACAUGUCUGAUCAAUAUCCGUGUGUGUAGAUGCCAAAAUGAGAGUUUUAACAUAUUGUACUUGUUGUCUGCACUAUUGGCGGAACGCUAGGUUUAGAAGCGACUACUUGCAGGGUGGAGAUGGCGGAAUAUGCCUGAUGACGUUCUUCGUUUUUGUCGGCCCGAGAUGGUAGGGUUUGUACUCAUAGCGAUGUAUUCAUGACACUGUGCCCUACAAAAGCUGUGGACGACGAAUUCGGGAUUUGCCGCUGAUAGGUAACAUGACUUGUUGCUGCUGAGAAGUGCCUAGCCGGCCCCAGCGCAGUCCGUGUACUGCGUAAUGUUUCACAAGGUUUGUUUGCUUACUUGCAGUCGCUUUACUAUUAUCAUAAAAUGCCUGUACCGCCGGGUCAGCGAUCUCACGAUGCCUUUUGGGUUUAGCACGGCUGUCGGUACGAUAAGGUGUAAAGCGCAACAUGCAGAUUACAGUGUGCGCACCCAUUGGGUCCUGGUUGUCGUCCCCGUGCAUGGCUCUGCACAUUGCAAUGGCACAUCUGAACAACCUGCACAACAGUCCCUUGGGGUAAGCCACCCCUGCCUGUAACCGUCCGAGUCAAC